CUGGGGCUAAUAGUUCAGUCGCUGCAAUGGGAACUCUAGGAUAUAUUGCUCCAGAGUAUGGUCAAACUGUUCGUGCAUCAACCUGUGGGGAUGUUUACAGUUUUGGAAUAGUACUUCUGGAGAUGCUAACAGGCAAAAGGCCAACCGACUCUAUGUUUGGGGAUGACCUCAGCAUUGUUACCUUUGUGGAGAGGAACUUUCAAGAUCAGAUGCUUGUUAAGAUUGAUCCUCAUCUCCAAGAAGAAUGCAAGGGCUCUAUACAAGCAAUGCCAGAAGCAGAAAAUGAGAUCUGUCGAUGCUUGCUAUCACUCGUGCAAGUCGCUCUUUCUUGCACACGUCUGUUCCCAAGAGAACGAAUGAACAUGAGAGAAGUAUCUAUUAAUUUGCAUGCAAUCAGGAGAUCAUAUGUUGCAGCAAUCAAGCAAGAGUAGCGCAUGUUUCAAUGGACUAAUGUCCAGCAUGCCAUGGUGCAUAACUCAGUAUAGUACGUCUUUGGAGGCAACAAGCCUAAUAAAGACAGUUGCAGAGAGCCAGAGACAUACUCAUACAUGAAUUUUCUCACCCUAUGCAUAGAGCAAAGAAAAGGUACUUCCCUAGGAUCUCGGAUUGGCUGCAAUCCUUAUUGUGAUCUCUUUUCUGUUUUUUUUUUCCUCUUUUUUUCCUUCCCUCCUCCUCUGUUUAAUUGUACCAAGCAAAGCAAUGAAAGGUAAACCUACCCUUGCAAUGUGCUAGAGAUGCACACAAGAGAAGGAAUUAACA